AUGGUUCACACCCCCCUCUUCAGUAGUUUCCAGGUGGAGAAUGGUUCAUCCCCCCUCUUCAGUAGUUUCCAGGUGGAGAAUGGUUCACCCCCCCCUCUUCAUGAGCUGGAGAACGGGGUGUCUCCGGGCCAUACCCCUCUUGGCUCCCAGAGUCCCAGCCUGACCCUGCACCCAUCCUUCCCCCAGGGGGGCCGACGAGAGUCCUUCCUCUACCGGUCAGACUCUGACUACGACAUGUCCCCCAAAAACUCAGGCUCACGCAAUUCUAUCGCCAGCGAAGGGCAUGCAGGAGAAGACUUCAUUGUUACCCCCUUUGCUCAGGUGUUGGCCAGCCUGCGCUCGGUACGGAGCAACUUCACCCUCCUCGCCAACGUCUCCAUGCCAACCGUCAAGAGGUCUCCACUGGGCGGUGUAGCGCACCACAACCCCAGAGCAGCUCUAUCAGAUCAACAGUAUGAGCAGCUGGCUACAGACACUCUGGAGGAGCUGGACUGGUGUCUGGACCAGCUAGAGACCAUCCAGACUCACCGCUCUGUCAGCGAUAUGGCUUCCAACAAGUUUAAGAGGAUGUUAAACAGGGAGCUGUCUCACCUAUCAGAGAUGAGUCGUUCGGGUAACCAGGUGUCUGAGUACAUCUCCAGCACCUUCAUGGACCAGCCCAACGACGUGGAGCUGCCGUCCCCUAGUCUAAAGGAGAAGUCUAUGUCUGAGAAGUCUAUGAGUCAGAUUAGCGGAGUGAGGAAUCUGUCCCACAGCUCCACUCUGUCCUCCUCUUCUGUCCCGCGCUUUGGAGUCAACACUGAACAGGAGGACCAGCUAGCCAGGGAGCUAGAGGACCUGGACAAGUGGAGUUUCAACAUCUUCAGAGUGUCAGAGUUCUCCAACAGCAGGCCUCUCAGCUGCAUCAUGUACGCCAUCUUCCAGGAACGUGAUCUCCUAAAGACGUUCCGUAUCCCCGUCGACACCUUCGUGACCUACGUGAUGACCCUGGAAGACCAUUACCAUGGCAACGUGGCCUACCACAACAGCCUGCACGCCGCCGACGUCUGCCAGUCCACACAUGUCCUCCUCUCCACACCCGCACUAGACGCUGUGUUUACAGACCUGGAGAUCCUAGCAGCUCUGUUUGCUGCAGCCAUCCAUGAUGUGGACCACCCCGGAGUGUCUAACCAGUUCCUCAUCAACACCAACUCUGAGCUGGCUCUCAUGUACAAUGAUGAGUCAGUGUUAGAGAACCAUCACUUGGCUGUUGGCUUCAAGCUGCUCCACCUGGAAAACUGCGACAUCUUCCAGAACCUGACCAAAAGACAGCGACAGAGCCUCCGCAAGCUGGUCAUCGAUAUGGUAUUAGCUACAGACAUGUCCAAACACAUGACUCUACUAGCUGAUCUGAAGACCAUGGUGGAGACUAAGAAGGUGACCAGUUCAGGAGUGCUGCUGUUGGACCACUAUACAGAACGCAUACAGGUCCUGAGGAACAUGGUUCACUGCGCAGACCUCAGCAACCCCACCAAGCCACUGGGUGUGUAUCGCCAGUGGACUGAACGCAUCAUGGAGGAGUUCUCCAGACAGGGAGACAAGGAGAGAGACAAGGGCUUGGAGAUCAGCCCCAUGUGUGACAAACACACUGCCUCGGUGGAGAAGAGCCAGGUGGGUUUCAUAGACUACAUAGUCCACCCUCUGUGGGAGACGUGGGGUGACCUGGUCCACCCUGAUGCCCAGGACCUGCUGGACACGUUGGAGGAGAACAGAGACUGGUACCAGUCCACCAUGCCUCAGAGCCCCUCUCCGCCCUACGACAAACACCUGCUCACAGACCGCUUCCAGUUUGAGCUGGCACUGGAAGAUGUGGAGCUCAACCACAACCACAUACAACAACCCAACGGGUCCAACCACAUGGUCAGACAGGAGAACGGAAACCAGGACCAUUCAAAGGAGGACCAUGUUGAAGAAGGGGAGAAGGACCAUGUUGAAGAGGAGAAGGACCAUGUUGAAGAGGUGGAGGAGAACCAUGUUGAAGAGGAGGACCAUGUUGAAGGGGAGAAGGAGGAGAACCAUGUUGAAGAGGAGGAGGAGGAGAACCAUGUUGAAGAAGAGGAGAAGGACCAUGUUGAAGAAGAGGAGAAGGACCAUGUUGAAGAGGUGAAGGAGAACCAUGUUGAAGAGGUGGAGGAGAAGGGCCAUGUUGAAGAGGAGAAGGAGAACAAUGUUGAAGAGGAGGAGGAGGACCAUGUUGAA